UGGCCACGCGCGCGCACCCAAGCAUCGCGCUAACUCCAUCCACAGUUAUAAUUAUGCAACGGUCUCGCCAGCCCUUUCAACAUUGCCUGAUCCGGCCGCCUUCGAGACACUCUUGCUCCAGAUCCUAUGGGGACUCGGCCGCUGGACUGCUGGGUGGCGCCAGCGUCGGUAUGCUGGGAGGAAGCGUCGAUGAGGAGGGUUGGGUCUUGCGUUUGAAGGAGAGGAAGAUCCUCUUUUGGGAUCGAGGCCCUAGGAGAAAUAUUGGCCACGUUUUCUUUCGAGGAACGACAGGAUUCGAUCACUGAGCACUUCGAUCAGCAGAGCGGAUUUUUGUGAGGCAACGGCAGGUGGAUACGCACAAAGGAUCCACGAACGUCACGCCGGCGACAAUCUCGACUCCACCACCAAGACUCGGCUUAAUUUGGGCUUUCAUUUCAGGAGGUGGCAGUCAACGACCAGGGUCGGAAGUCACUCAGCUAUAACCCAGGACUCGUCCUACCUUUCUUCACCUUUACUUCAACCACACUUACACACCACCAGCACCCGCAAUUGCAAUUGCAAUUGAGAGGACAGCUUUUGAGUGCGAUGACCAGUG